CUCGUCAAUCAACUCUGUUAUUGGAAUCUCAUCGGCUCUCGAGCCAGACAGUCUACUCUGUACUACUCAUUGCUACCAGCCGUCACGGUCUUUGACUAGACCCUGACCACCACGAGCUUUGCUUAGGUGAUCAACCCCCUCGUUCCUUCACGCUCUACUCAUCCCUGAGACUCAACCGAACCGUGCUUCCGAGCUUUGCUUAAAGUACGACUUCAACAGGCGCUUAGUACAGAGUGCAUGCGGUCUGUAUAUCUGGGCCGCAACUGCCUGCCGUUUCAUCCAAGAAGGCGGACAGUUGUUGCCGAUCGACUACGCGCUGUACUCAAGGACAGCUCCUCUGCAGACAACUCAGGAACGGGCAGUUCAUCUAGCAAUGAUUCUUGCACCGACGAGAGACUCGAGGUCCUGCCAGAAGAGCGAUUGAACAUCAUAUACCUUACCGUACUCAAGAGCCCUGUUUGCAGAUACAGAAGGCAGGAAAGGAAGAAACGGUACAGGCUAAUAAGAGAGACAUUAGGUGCGAUCGUGCUUUUGCAGUCGCCGCUUUCUGCAUCUUCACUGGCCCGACUACUCCGCGUUCCUGCAGAGGAUGGGCAUCGAACGCUGUAUGAGCUGCACUCUAUCCUAGACAUUCCACAAUAUUUGAGCCGGCUGGUGCAUUUGCAUCACCUUUCUUUACGUGAUUUUUCUCCUCAACAAAAAGAGAUGCAGCGACGACAGCUUCUGGGUAGAUGAGAGCAGCACACACAAAAAGCUAGUGUCUUGCUGCCUCGAGCUCAUGUCGGUGCCUAACAGCCUUUGGCAAGACAUAUGCAAUCUCUCAGGUCUGGGAGUUUGAGGAGAGAGAUCGAUGAAGGGACGAUUAGUAAC